UCAGUGGUGACUGAAGCGCUGUGACACUACCAUCAUGGCGGCCUCCACUCUUGGUGUGCAGCGUGCGCUUGGGAAAGGAAUAAUCCCUCCUUUAGUCGUGAUUUUAGGAGCUACCGGGACUGGGAAGUCCAAGCUAGCUAUCGAGAUCGGGAAACGACUUCAAGGGGAAAUAUUAAGCGCUGAUUCAAUGCAGGUUUAUGAGGGACUGGACAUCAUCACCAAUAAAGUGACGGCGGAGGAGCAGGAGCAGUGUCCACACCACAUGAUCAGCUUUGUGGAUCCUCUGGUGAGCAGCUACACAGUGGUGGACUUCAGGAACAAAGCUCUGUCUCUCAUUGAGGACAUACAUCAUCGGAAGAAACUCCCAAUCAUUGUUGGUGGCACAAACUACUACAUCGAGUCCAUUUUAUGGAAAGUUCUUGUUGACACUGGGGCGCAUGGGACGGAGAAAGUUCAGACUGGCUCCUCUAUUCCAAAAGCUGAGCUGGAGAAGCUGGGAGGUCCUGAACUUCACAAACGCCUGAAGGACGUGGACCCUGAAAUGGCAGCCAUGUUACACCCUAAUGAUGCACGUAAGAUUGCAAGGAGUCUUCAGGUUUACCAGGAGACAGGAGUUAAGCACAGUCUUCUGCUGAAGGAGCAGAAAGAGCAAGAUGGGGCAGAUGGUCUUGGAGGUCCUCUGCGUUUCUUAAAUCCCUGCAUCUUCUGGCUCCACUCCAACAUGGAUGUUUUAGAUAAGAGGCUGGACAAGCGUGUGGAUCAGAUGUUGUCUUUAGGGCUGAUUAAGGAACUGAAAGAUUUCCAUCAGCGCUUCAAUGAGAAGAAAGUCCUGGACAACAGCCAGGACUACCAGCAUGGCAUCUUCCAGUCUAUAGGGUUUAAGGAGUUCCAUGACUAUCUCACUGCUGGCGGCGACAUCAGCCAAGAGGACCGUAAGAAGCUGAAGAUUAAAGGUAUUGAGGCCCUGAAGCUGGCAACGCGGCGCUACGCUCGAAAGCAGAACAAAUGGGUUCGCAAUCGCUUCCUUAAAAGGCCAGGUACCAGUGUUCCAACUGUCUACGGCCUAGAUGUGACAGAUGUGUCCCUUUGGGAACAAACGGUCCUCACUCCUGCCCUAGACAUCCUGGACAGCUUGUGCAAGGGAGAGCGGCCAUCUGUCGAGCCAAUCAGAGUUGAGGGGGAGGAACUACGGAACAAACGGAGCCACCACAUGUGUGAACUGUGUGAUAAAGUCAUCAUCGGUGACCUGGAGUGGACAGCUCAUCUGAAGUCUAAAAGCCACCAGCAUCAUGUGCGGAAGAGGCGUAGAGCUGAAGACACCUCAGAGCAUUGGCAGGGUUCUGGGUCUGACCUUCCUUCCACUGCAAAGUGGCAGAGACAGGCAGGUUGUACUCCUAACACAUCCGACUCUGAAUCAGAUGUACUCGAUCCAGGAACAAACGAGAAUACCACAUGUGAUAGCGAAAGACAGAUUUCAGAGGAGUCGUAACCUGUGCGAUUAAUCCAAUGGAUUUUACAGUGCCUUAAAUCGAUGCCUUCAGGAGUGACGAAGACUCGCAUGGAAUAUGAGUGGCUUUGAGAUCUGCACAGAUGAUAAGUUCAUUUCUUUUUUUCCUUCUUUAACUGGACUGAGUCAUUUUAGUCCUGUUGUUGGAAUAAUGCAGUGUCCACAUUGCUCUGGGAGAAACUUCUAACUAGACGUCAUGAACAUUGUUGCUGGAUGGAGAACAGUUUCUGAGUUUUUACACAGGAAACAAAAGGCUGGGCCUUACAGACGUAUUCAAGGUCUGCACUUUUGCUAUUUUGAGACUUUAUCCGGCUUCAGAAAGACCAAGCAGGCUUAAGUUUUCUGGCACAAAUGCUUGGCCUUCCUGUCAAGUUUAGUUUGAAUGUAUAAUCCAAAUCAUUUAUAAAGUAGAUUUUAUAAUUAAAGUGCACUAUUUUAAUCCUACUUAUUUGCCUAUAGUGAUGAUUGAGUGUGUGUGUGUGUGUGUGUGUGUUGGCUCAGGUUAGAGGGUGUGUGCUGCUAUCAGGCACCUCUUCGCUUGCUACCCAUCACUCCAGGCAUGUUUGUGUUUCACAGGCUUGGACUGUUAUGAAAGCUACUGUUCGGGGGUCAGCUACACUUCCUCUGAAAUGAUAACACAUACUAAUUUAGAGGCUGGUGCACGGUCGGGAGUAAAAGGUCAGCAGGACCGGCUGAGUAAAAAGAAACGGCCCCUUUUAUCUUUACAUGUGUCUGUGGCAAAGGUUACUAAUGAUAUUUCCACCAUAACUGUUCUUGUUUCU